UGACAAAUGUACUCGACAUUGUAUAAAGCUAAGUCCAGCUCCAUAACAGAGGGAGUUCUCCUUUGCCUUCAGUGCUUAAAGAUGAACUUGUGGCUGCUCCUGACUUUCACUGUCCUGGCUGAAUGCCGUUACCAAAAAAGAGGCGCCCAGUCCUGCCCAGAUCUGUGCUCGUGCUCUUCAGGUGCAGAGGUGGUGUGCAGCCUAAGCUCCCUCACACAUUUCCCCACAGAAGGUUUAUCCCCCAACACCACUCGACUGUUCAUGCAGUCCACCAAUCUCAGCACUGUUACAGCCAGUCAUUUGAGUGUUGUGCCCCUUUUAGACAUCCUCCAGCUGUAUCACAAUAACCUGAGAAGCCUUCCCUCAGAUCUACUGAAGGGCGUUCCUCACUUAAACAGACUGGAUCUCACAGGCAAUCAGCUGGUCCAUCUGCCUCCAAAUGUCUUCAGCCAUGCCUCACUCUGUAGUCUGGUGCUGAAGAACAAUAUGAUUGAAGAAGUGGAUGCCGAUUGGUUUUCCAUCAACAGCAGCCUGACCUGGCUGGACUUGUCUCGGAAUCGUAUAACUGGCAUCCCGUCUGCUCUGCUUCUGAAGCUGCCCCAUCUCCAGAACCUGGACUUGAGUCAUAACAAUCUGCAAGAGCUACAACCUGACGCCCUGAAGAACCUGCAUCACCUGGAGACACUGAACCUUGCUGGGAACAGAUUAAUCUCCCUGAAACCUACAACUUUCACCCACAACCUGAAACUAUCCCAGCUAUUUCUGCAGGAGAAUCAGCUCCAAAAUCUGCCAGCAACCCUCCUCCAGCGUCUCCAGCACCUUGAACUUCUGCUGCUGAAUCAGAAUCAGUUGCAGUAUCUUCCCUCAGGCUUUAUGGGUGAGAGGAAAUCCUCUUUUCAGGUGAUCUUAACAGGAAACCCCUGGGUGUGUGAUGAGAACAUGGAGUUUCUAAGGAAGUGGCUCACUGGCCAUCCUCAGAAUGUCAUCUUUCUGGAGGAGGUGACUUGUGCAGGGCCUGAAGCUCUCAAACAUCGACAAGUGGUCUCUUUAACUGACAGCGAGCUUGGUCUUCUAAAAUCAGACAAGAUUGCAAAUUAGUAAUGGAGAAGGGGUGAAAAAAAAAAAAAAAACAAAUAACAUAUUGAUAUUUUGUUCCAAAUCAUUCAUAACUGUAUUCUGCAAAAAUAUUAUUUCAAAUUAGAAAUUACUACUGUAUCAAAUUCUGAAAUAAAAGUUAAUGAUUCAUUCUUCUACCGAGCAUUGCUUUCUUAUGAUAUCUACUUGAUCUGUCAUUGUGUGGAUAUUGUCCAGCCCACCGGGUGGCGUAUGAUACUCAAUACAUUUUCAAAAUAAUAAGCUGAACAGAUUUAAGAACCAAUUUAAGAACAUUUAAGAACCAAUUUACUCAGUAGAUCCCAGCAAAAAAUUUGUUAAAGCAAAUGUGAAUUCCAAUAUAUUCUGAUCACACUGAUUUUUUUUUUUU